GAAGGCAGCGGGCAUAGCCUCUGCCUUGGGUGCUGGUGCAUGACAGGGCUUCUGCAGUGCGGCAGUUUCCUCCCUGUGCGCUGACAGGCUUUCCCUGAGUUUAACUAGCAUACUCGUGAAAUAAAUCCCUGCAGACAAACACCACAUUCACGGAUUACAGAGCAGCCCUACAUCUGUCAGCCGGGAUGGGCUUCUCCCAUCUUCUGCAAUUUGCUUGGAGAAUAGGAUCAUGUGGAGCAGAAGACCCAGAGGCUUGAGCUCAUGUACCCGGCAAGGAUGUGUGCUCACGGUGUGCUGGGCUGUCUGCACGUGCCUUGCUCUCCUUCAAAGCCAACAGGGGCCUGUUCUCACUGGGAAGCUGCAUCACCUUUAGGCCAGAGCUGCUCAAAGAACCAGUUUAGACAAGAUUCCUGUGUCCAGUGUUUUCAGUCUGGCAUCUUUUACCACCACUAAAUGCAAAGCUUUUAAUUAAUAAUAGACUAAGAUGCCUAGAGCAAAGACUACCAUUAUGAACUGUAAAUGCAUGCGGUAUCAGUCACAUAGCAUCAUAAGGCUUCUUGGCUCUCUUGCAAUAUGUAUGUUGACAAGCAAGAGUGUUGGCAAUGGAAGGUGCAAUGAUGCCAGUUCACUUCACAUGGAUCUCUCCAAGCUUGUGACCUGGGCACACACCCAUGGGACCAUAUGCAAUCAAAUCCCGGUCUUGAAAACUGCGCAGAACUUUCCUAGCAAGGACAAUUCUAUUCUGUGGAUGUGUGGAGUUGGACAUGCAUAUCACUGGCAGUGUGGACAUUUGUAUGUCAGAAUCAGAGAAGAGAAUGAAGCUGUAGAAAGCAGAAAGAGGUUAGUAUCAUCUGAGGUUUCACCGCGGGAAGCUAACUUAGAUGAAAAGAGGUUCAGGAUGACUCCGUCUUUUGAGAGGGCUAAAGCAGAUGCUGUUGACACAGGGUCACGUAGCAAAUCACCAGAGGUCACUCAGCAGCAAGAUAAAUGCUACCUACUAUAUAAUGAACUAUCACCCAGAGAAAAUAAGAACCCCAGUAAAUCCGUGAAAUCAUGCUUUACAGCAGCGCAGCAUUUGUCGGUAUCUGGUAGUGAAGUCAAAACUGACGGAUAUAAGGUGAAGCCAGAAAGCAACGAAGAGCUACAAAUCAUCUCUGAUGAUGAACAGUGCAAAUCAGAGGAUGAUGACCAACAAGACCAGUUCAAUGAGUAUAAUCUGGCAGAAUCACCAGUGAAAAGUGGAACUGCUGAGGUAAAUUUGCAAAUGCAUCAGAGUCAGAAGAAGGCAUUUGACAAGUUGACAGCCACCCAGAUGUCUGGUUUUGAUGCUACAGGAAAACCACCCCAAACUCUUGCCUGCAUUCUAAAAUCCCCUGGCAGCGAUCAGGAGAGCCUGGACAGCAGCUUCUUGAUGUUAGGUCCUCUUAAUCCUGCAGGGUCCAUAACUGAAACUUCAAGAGCAAGAAAUUCCUUUGAGUCAACAAUACCACAAGAACAUUUAAAAUCUGUUCCUGUCUCCAACAUUGAAGAAAAGGCCCAACUUGAGUCACCCACUUCUGUGUCUUUCUUUGAGUUUGAAGCCACUGUAGAUGUCCAGCAGGAACUCGAGCUGAGCCCUUCUGAGCCUGGCACACCAGGAAUAGGCUUAAGCGGGAACGUUACUGAAAACCCUGCCAAGGAAAGUGAGCCGUCACAAUCUGGGCAUGCUCCUCAUCUUUCAGCCUCACUGAGUUCAGAGAGCAAGAACACCGACCACCCACCUGCCUUUCUAAACAAAAAUGUAUUGAAGUGGGAUGUAAAGAGAAACCGUAACACUGGCGAUAUAAAAACUUUCAGAGACUGGCUGGUUUUACAUUGCCCUUCUGAAAUGCGCGAGAUCCAUAAGCUGCCACCUGAAGACCUCGAUAAUUACCUGGCCUUGUUCUACAGUUCUGUAAAGAGACAGAACGGUGGAGAUUUUUCCGCCCGUUCUUUGCACUCCUUUCAAAGUAACAUCAAGAGAUACCUCAAGGAUCACAACUACAAGUAUAGCCUGGCUAACGGGUUGGAAUUCAGAGCGUCUCAGGAAGCCUUGAAACUGAAACUUCAGCACCUAUGUCAGAAAGAGAGAGAGGAGGAGUGGAGUCUUUUGGAGAACCUGACAGAUGAAGAUGUGCAAAAUCUUCGUAGGAAGGGACUUUUAAGUAAGAUGCACCCUCAGGGCUUUUUGCACCUCAUAUUCACAAAUCUCAUUAGGGCGUUUGGGGCCAGUACACACAGUCAGAGCCACAGUCUGUACUGGGGACAGCUUGUGCUAAAAAAGAAUGAGCAAGAGCUGGAAUACUUGGAGUGGCUGGAUGACCUGAGUGCAGAGGUAAGUGCAGGGGAGUCAGGUCCACGUCUCUUUGCCAAGCCUGAGGAUCCAGAUAACUGUCCGGUCACAGAUUAUAAGGAGUAUGCCAAGAGGAGGCCGCAGGAUAUGCUUCAUUACUACAAUCCGCUUUACCUGGCUCCCAAACCUCUGUGCUCCAUAUGGGACCAGAUAUGGUAUUGCAGGAAGUCACUGACAAAAAGCAAAUUGGAAAAGAUCUUGAAAGUUAUUAUCCAUGAGGUCAGGGGACCUGUAAAGACAUCCAACAAAUAAUGGUGCCCAUUUAGGUUCUGCUGUGUCACUUGUUGAUACGUGCAUAUUUCAAAGUCGUCUUUGAAGGGUUUAAGUGGCAGUAGUUUGUAUAGGUUGAGGAGAACAUCCUUCUCUUUCAGUUUCACCUCAGAACAUAAGUCAUCUACGUAUUUGCAUCGCCUUAGCUUUCAGGUUAAUUGAAAAACUUCUAUUGUUCUUUCUAUUAAUGAAAUUGAUAAUUCAGUAAGUUAAGAGACUCCUCUUAGGUUUCACAUUUGCAAAACGAGUUCAUAUCCUACUGAUUUAUUAAUGACAUGAGAAAAUAGCUAAUGUUAACGUGGGGAGGGCUCAGCAGCUGAACAGCUUGGCUAGGAGUUCGAGCUGCGCUCGUAUUUAGGGGAGCUGGCACGUACACAGCGCUGAGUCUAUACGAUAAGCCUAUGGUAAGGGGAUAAGUAACACGAGUUAGUUCUGGGGUGGAAGGAGAACGCUGAAACACCACAUUUGCCAGUUGCUAAUCUGUGUUGCACAGGAAUGCUUUCAGCGAGGUUCUUGUUGGGUUUUUUUUUUCUUAGUGAAAGAUUUGUAGAUUGAAGAAGUUGAGACUGUGGUUUAAAAAGUUACUUAAAAUGGCUGACAGCAUUGAAAAAUUUUACAGUGUUUUUCCCCAGAGUGCUAAAUAGAGUUACGUAAAUAGAUGUUGGUAGGUGCAGUUCACUUUUUUUUUGGCUGUUCAAGCACCAUUCAGUCAAUAUUGUUGUCUGACAGUCUAGUCAAGCUGUUGGGUUGCGCUGUUGACAUAACCGAAUUAAAAAACCAUUUUACUCU